AUGCCGCCUGCUUCGAGAGACGCUGUCUCAGAUGCCAAGCCCAUACUCAGGAAUGUUCACGACGACACACAACAACAUGUAGACAUGUCUCAAUCAGCCAAGAGCAAAGGAAAGCAGCGCGAUCCUCCGCCGACCCUUUUCCUCCAUCCGUCUCCCGCCGCUUCUCAUGCUUCUCUACCCGGCAUUCUCGCGCCAGGAGCGCCGGCGAACUCGUCCGCCCCGGGUGCCUCAACUCUAGCUCAGCCAGCCUUGAACCUCCAACGUAACGGAUCUCUUCACACCGGCUCGGUAGUCACGCCGUCCGUUGCUCGUCCUGCACGGAAUAUCAAGACGGCCGGCAGCACUAGGAGCACUGACAGGACCGACGCAUUAUGGGCGGAGAUGCAGGCGACGCUCGAGGAGGUCGAGCUGUCUGCGUCAGGUGGGACUCACGUCUUUGGCCCGGAUCACGACCGCAAAUUGGAAGAGCUUAGGACAGCUCAAAUUGCUCUUGCGCAGGCAUGGGCACGGAGCGAGGCGGAUGAGGCCAUUGAGAUGACUGGACAACGGUCCAACACGUCAGCAGUUGGGGACGAGGUUCGUAAUCUCAAAAGCGCAGUUUUAGGAGAGACGGGCGUGCCGCCAGACAGCAAUGAGGUUCCACGAAGCACAGGAAGCAACAAUGGCCGCCCAGGCAGCAGCGGAGGCACAGAACAUCUUGGUGCCAAGCUUGAGCAAGAGACGGAGGUGGACAUCCUGCUGGCACGAAAGCGGCGCGAGGCCAAUGAUCGGUACUUCCAACGGGUAAACCAGAGCGUUCUUGACGUCGUCGCCAAACUCGAGGAUGUUGCUGUUGCGAUGCGAGCUGUUGAACAGGAAACCAAGGACAUCUGGGGUGAGAAUGAUAGCGCGGCAGGCAGUGCAAAGGGGUAA